UGUGGCUUCUCCUUCAAAACCAAGAGCAACCUUUACAAACAUCGCAAGUCCCACGCCCACGCCAUCAAGGCCGGACUCGUGCCGUUCUCAGAGUUAGCUGUGGCUCGCAGUGGAGACCUGGACCAGGCGUCGCCGGUGGGUGAGGCUGAAGUCCACUCGGACGGAGAGCAGAGUACGGACACAGAUGAGGAAGGUGUGGAGGGCUCCACCAUGUUGACGGACAAAGACAGCCCUGUUCCACAGAUCUCCUUUGACACUGACAAGAAUACAGGUGGUGUGGAACCGGCAUAUGCAGAUGCAGCUGAAGAACUGUCUGUGGGCUCAAUGAAAGUGCCUAUUCUUAUUGUCCCGAAGUCUGGAGGAGUCCCCGUCACCGGUAUGGAGUGCCCACCCUUUCAGGAGAUGAAGGGGUCGCAUAUGUUGGCGUCACAGGCUGGAGGGAGGGGGCAUUCACUGGACGACUCUCCCACCAUCAAACAACGCCUGGCCCUGAGGCUGAAUGAGAAAGUGAAAGUCCAGGAUGCUGACUCUGCUCUGUCCCAGUCCCUCAAUCUCCUCAGUCCUCACAGCAAAGGCAGCACAGACUCGGGUUACUUCUCACGUUCUGAGAGUGCAGAACAGCAGAUUAGCCCCCCCAAUACUAACGUCAAGACAUAUGAAGAGAUUAUGUUUGGUCGGACUUGGUACUACCGACCCUCCAGACCCAGGCAGUCCAUUACAGUCGGUAUGGCCGGGGCGGAUCCCACCAGUCUAGCUAGCUUAAAGGAAACUGGUGCUAUUCUUGAAAUGGGGAAGAUAGCUGAAGAUCAUCCAUGUUUCAGGGGGGAUGUAGGUAUAUCAGGAGAUCCCAAGCAGUAUCCAACGGGACCUUGUCAGAGCAGCACUGGGCUUCUAGAACCUCCAACAGACUCUGGUCCUCUUAUCAGGAGUAAUUCAAUGCCAACUUCCUCCCCUCCAAACCUUAGCGUGCCACCAGGGAUUCGAGGCAGCCACUCCUUUGACGAGAUGAUGACUUCAGAUGACGUAUUUUAUCCACCAGGGCUACGAAGGCUCAGACGACAAGGUGCUUUUGAGCAUUCAGCCAAUGAGGCCCAUGUAGGAGAGGCUGAAGGCUAUGGACACGUGCCCAAAAAUUUAGCUUCAAUAAGUAUGAAAAUCAGUGAACGUGGCCUUCACGGUACUAAAGUCAGUAUGUCGGAAAUAGCAACGAGGAAGAGGAGAAAAGAGAAGAGUGUUGGUGAUGAGGAUGACAGUCCUGGGCACUGCGAUAGCAGCUGCAGUGGUUCAGUGGAAAUGAUCGGCGAGUAUGACUUUAAACAGAGCAGUCUAGAUGGGUCUAGAGGGACUCCGACAGGGAAGGGGUCUCUACACAGCAUCCACAGCCAGUCAGACAGCUUUGACACCUGUGCCAGCAUGUGUUCUGAGGACAUCGCACUUUUCACCGACUCCGAAGGCCGUAAGACGGCCGGGAACGUGAUAUCAGUCAUUCAGCACACAAACUCCCUCAGCAGGCCAAAUUCAUUUGAGAAGUCAGAGUCCUUUGAACAGCCCGGGUACCAGCCCUCCGAUAAACCUCUAUCCAGCCAGUACUCUGAACAGUCGGACACUGAGAUCUUCGAGGACGCGCUGAGUCCCGAGUCCGUCCUGUUGAGGAAUGAAAGCAUGGAGCAGCAGCUGCAGAGUGACAGCGACCUGGCCUCCCUGUCAUCUUCAUCAGCAGCAGCGUCACCUGGACAGCCUUAUCACAUCUCACAUAAACUGGUCCGUCAGCCCAACAUCCAGGUUCCAGAGAUCAGGGUGACGGAGGAGCCCGACAAGCCCGAGAAAGACUCCGAAGCUCCCAAAGAAGCAGAGAAGCAGCAGCCGCAUGUGGAGGAGUUUCAGCUUCCACAGAGGAGCGACACCCUCUCCCAGAUGCCGUCGGAAAAACUCCCGCCUAAAAAGAAGAGGCUGCGCCUGGCGGACAUGGAACACUCAUCUGGAGAGUCCAGCUUCGAGUCGACCUGCACCAGCCUGUCCCGCAGCCCGAGUCAAGAGAGCAACCUGUCGCACUCAUCGUCCUUCUCCAUGUCGUUUGACCGAGACGAAGGCCUCAAGUCCGUCUCACCCACCAAGCAGGAUGAGUCGGUAGCUGCUGUCGGUGGAUCUAAACCAUCAGAGUUCCUGACGGUUCCUGGCAGUGGUCAUUCCAGCCACCAGCAGAGGGAGAUGAGGAGGUCUUCAUCAGAACAAGCCCCUUGUACUUUGCCCACCGAGCUGCCGGAAAUGAGAAGCAAGUCCUUUGACUAUGGAAGCUUGUCCUCAUCCAGACAGGGAGAACUGUACUCCAGCGCUUCGGCAAUGAAGGAACGCCGACGUGGAUAUCUAGUUCGACAGGUGUCGCUGAGCGUUUAUCCAGAGGCCGUCACCCAGGAACCAGUAGGUGAGGUGUCAAUCAAACAGGAGAGUCUGGAACAUGUGAUGUGGUCUGGUCCGACAGGCAGUGGCCACGGCGGUGACGGUGUGGGCAGAACCAAGAGAGUCGGUAGCGCAGGCGUUGGAUCUCAUCAGCACCAGCAGCACCUCCUCCAACAGAGCAUCAGUGAGGACAGUCUUCAAGAUGAACCGAUCCACAUCAGGUCUCAGCAGUACCGCCUCCAGACCCAGGGCUCAUCAUCCGAAGGAGAACAUCCAGGCCAGGAGGUCAUGAACAAGGACAUCAUCCAGCAGUACCAGGGCGGACACCCCUUCCUCUCGUUCCAGCAGCCGAGCCUGUUCUGGAGCCAGGAGUCUGGUCCAGUUCCCAGGCAGCAGCUAACCCUCCAGGCCCAACAGCAGCUCCAGAAACUCCACAUCCGAUCUUCACCUGGACACCCACUCCACAAGCAACAGCAGCCGCAUUCCCUGCAGCCCGUCCACGAUCAGCAGCCUGAGGGGAAAUGUGAGAACCUGAGCUCUCAGGUCUACCCCUUUGGAUCUCGUGCAUCUCCUUUGUCCCAACAGCAGCACUUCGGACCUCUGUCCAGCUCCACCUCAGGCUCCAUGCUUCUCCAGCAGAUCCAGCCUAUCUUUGCCACCCAGAACCUGGGUCCUCAAGCCUCUCUGCCUGGUAUGCUGGUUCCUGUUCGCAUCCAAACUCAUGUGCCAUCGUUCGGUAGUAUUAUGUACACCAGUGUUAGCCAGUUGAUCCACAGCAACGGAGCACCAGGGGUGGGAUCAGCCGGACUUGGAGCUGAUGGUAGCAUCGUGUCUCCUCCAGUUGGUGUUCUGAGUUCCAACAAAGCACCUGGAGGGAUUAGUGGAGGCAUCAGUGGAUCAGGAUUCAACUUGUCGCACUUUUUAGGACAAACUGGAGGCUCUGUUCUAAGGUACCCGCUCUGGAAAGUACCUGAUUCCCCAUCAGAACCUCAAAUGAACACAGGUAUCCCAUUAUCGCUAACAUCAGGAACCAUAUCUACCACCGACGCCUCUGGUUCUGGCGCCGGAGGAGGGAAGCGCAUGCUCUCACCAGCCAGUUCUUUGGAGCUUUUUAUUGAGACCAAGCAGCAGAAGAGAGUAAAAGAAGAGCGAAUGUAUGGACAGAUCGUUAAAGAGAUGAGCGCUGUGGAGUUGAGCGGAACUGAAAGCAGCGCUAAGAUGGACAAAGGUCCAGGCAGAUGUCGCCAGUCGUCCCUGAAGACCGAAGGCUCUGUGGACGAAUCUGAAAGGAUGUCCUCAUCUCCUCCGAUGUCCGACUUCCCUGUCGCCACCAAGAUCACCAUUCCUGUUCGGUCGUCUGCCCCCCACCCCCCCGACAUGCCCCGGGCGGAGAGCUUCACCCCUCCCCUCCAAAUCAUCACCGAUCACUCCCCGAUGUCAAGUGGGCGGGAUUCUCCAGAGGAUCUCGAUGUGGACGAUUCAGCCGCUGAACCAAACUCUAGUCCUCAGUCCAUGGUGUCGUCAAACGACACCGAGGACGCCGAUGCCACCAAACCGCCCACCCACAGUAAAGUCCCUGUUAGCAUGUUGGUCCAACUCGCCGCCAACCCGAGCGCUGGACCGUCUGGAGCAGGAGGCCAGAUGCUGGUGACGGAUGUGGCGGAGGUGCAGCAGUUCUUCCAGUUCCCCAGCCUGCGCACCAUCAGCAGAGUGAGCUGGUGUUUCCUGAACUACACCAAACCCAACAGCCGCCCCGCCUCCGAACACAGCUCCGCCUACAGCUCCUGGUGCGUGAGCUCGUACAACCCCAACCCGCUGAAUCUCAGCACCAAGGCGGCGCUGGCCCUGCUCCGGUCCAAACAGAGGAGGACCACCGACCUCAUGUACACCACCGCCGCCAUGUCUCCGCCCACUUCGGGGAAACUGGUGUCAUCAGUGGCCUGGAAGCUGCGGUUCGACCAGCUGAAGCCGGAGCUGAUGCCGGUCGAAGUCAGUAACUUUGGGAGGAAAAUGAAGGGCGUGGUGUCGUGGGAGCAUUCCAAGGAGGAGCAGGUGGAGAAGGAGGUGUCGGUCAAAGCUCCACCCACCGCUGCCGAGCCCACCCGCAUCAAGAUCUUCGAAGGCGGGUAUAAAUCUAAUGAGGACUACGUGUACGUCCGUGGUCGUGGUCGGGGUAAAUACAUCUGUGAGGAAUGUGGGAUCCGCUGUAAGAAACCCAGCAUGUUGAAGAAACACAUCCGAACGCACACUGACGUGCGCCCCUACGUCUGCAAGUUCUGCAACUUUGCCUUCAAGACCAAAGGAAACCUGACGAAGCACAUGAAGUCCAAGGCUCAUAUGAAGAAGUGUCUGGAACUGGGCGUGUCCAUGUCCUCAGUGGACGGAGACACAGAGACGGACGACGCAGACGUCACAGACGAAGGUCAAAGGUCGUCGGAGAAGACCCUCCGCGGUCCCAUGACCGAGCAUCAGUUCUCCGAUGCCGAUGACUCCGAUGGCGGCGAAGAAGACGGGGAAGAGGUGGACGACGAGGACGACGAUGAGGACGACUACGACGGAGACUCCACCCCCAAAACACGAUCCCGCUCCACCAGCCCCCAACCCUACAGCCUGCCCUCGCUGUCCAUCACCGCCAUGGCCGCCUCCCACCAAGACCCGCCCCUCUCUUAUCAGUCGGCAUCCGAUGUCCUGGGACACGCCCACAGGCCGCCGCUGUUCGGCUACUUCACCACUGUGCCAAGCAUCCAGAUCACCCCCCAGGCCCCACCCACUGACCAGGCUGAGUACCAGCGAGGCCCCCAGGGGCCCCGCCUCCUAGCCCCGCCCUCCUCCUCUUCCUCCAUGGACGAGGACCUCCCUGUCCCCUCGCCAGACCUGUCCUCGCUGUCCCGCCUGUCCUCGCCGGGCCUGGACCUCCCCAGAUGCCCCUCCCCCGUCUCCCCCUCGUCCUCACCGUCGUCCCGCCGGUACCUGUCCCCGCAUCGCGACCUGUCGCCGAGGGCGGGGCAUCUGUCUCCGCACCGGGACAUCUCGCCUCUGCGUCACAUCUCCCCCAAGAGGGACGGGGGUGCGGUGGGCGGGUACCGACGGGACCUGUCCCCCCGGAGGGGACACCUGUCCCUGCUGUCCCCCCUGUCCAGACCCAUGUCUCCGGGUGGGCGGGACUACAAGCGCGACCUGUCCCCACGAGGACGCCACAGGGGGCUGAUCAGACCACUGUCCCCUCGCCGCGGACUCCACCCACACCUCAUCCACCAGAGCCAACAGGGCGGGACCCGGAGGACCAGCCACCACAGCGGACCGACGGCUCCCACGGAGCUCGGCAUUCUGGGACGCCGCAGGACCAGCGCAGAAAUGGACACGGAUCAUGGCCCAGCUUCGUUGUUGCCAGGGGAACGCGACCCUGGUGGUAACCAUGGUAACCAGUGCAGUCCUCCUCAGCAGCUGCUGUUCAGUCACCUCCCUCUUCAUUCUCAGCUCCAGGUGCGUUCUCCAUUUCCCAUGAUUCCCAUCGGGGGAAUCCAGAUGGUCCAGUCCGUCCCGCUGUCGGUCGCCGCUCCUCUGCUCCAGCAGGAGGCGCCGCCGUCACGCACGCUUCUGCAGAAGAGCGCCUCGGAGGAGUCCAACGGCACCGACGCCGCCUUCCAGCACUUCAGCACCUUUCCCGAGGGAGGAGCACCAGGAGAAAGAGGGGGACGGCAGGAGUCUUCAUCGCCGUCCGAGAGGGAAGGAGGAGGAGCCGGGGGAGGAGCCAGGCAGGAGCAGGAGGAGGGCGUCCACACCUGCACCAAAGCCAUCGCUUCGCUCUGCAUCGACUCCAAGGAGCCUCCAGAAAAAGGAGGUGGAGCAGGAGGAGGAGCCCACAGCCCUUCGUCCUCCUCCCCUCCUUCUCCUUCCUCCUCCUCUGACUCUCAGCAUCCUCAGCGUUCGCCGCCCAUCUCCACGUCGCCGCCGUCUCAUCACCCUUUGCCGUCACCGGGCGUUCAGCACUUUAGGCCCUCCCACCCGUCGGUGGCCUCCUCCCCUCACUCCUCCUGCUCCCCCCCCCACGCCCCGCCUCCAUCUGGCCCCGGGUCAGAAACUGUCCCGCCCCCGACAUCGUCCAAACGGGAGCGGGAGGCGGAAAGCACACGGAGAAGCAGCGACGCGUCAUAGUGUCGGACGUUUGGAAAAUAAGAAACGAUGACGUGCAACAGACGUGGACACACUUGAAAAAUAAGAACCAAUCAGACGCUUCCAACGCAGUCAUGUGGUCAUGUGACCAGGUCAUUAAAACAGACGCUGAUUGGACCAAAAGUACUGAUCUGAAACCAACGUCCAGUCUGAUGGAACAGAAAACAGCAGCAAAUAUACCAUCAGCAGACCUGUCCCAUAAAUGCAGCGUUAAUUCAAACAGGAUUCAGUUCAAAGUUUUCUGAUGUGAACUGGUCACAUGUCCUGGGUAAGCUCCACCUUCACCCAUAAGCAGAUGGGAUAGGCUCCGCCCCCAUGACUCUAAUGAGGAUGAAACAGGUUCAGAAAAUGAAUGAAUGUUAAAGUCAUGAAGACAGACUUCUGUAGAACCUCGUACCUUUGUAAACAUGUUUGUAAACAUGUCAGCUGUGGUGGGCGGGGCUUGGUUCUUCUUCUCCAGUGUUGUCCACGUCCGUUCCGUCGGUCCAAGGCGGGCGGUGUUCAGGUGGAUAUGGCAUCUUCGUGGGCUUUUCUUUCAGACUGAAGCAGACCCGCCCACGCUGCGCUCCCAUUGGUCGAACCGUAGGUACGUCUCUGAACAUCUACAGGUGUGCCUUGGAUUUCAUCUGUUCUCUGUUUGGUCUGGUUUUCCACACGGAUCCAAACAGAGCGUACAUGUACAUACAGCUGUCAGCUCUGGAACUGAUGCAACCCCACCCACUAGAACCCCACCCACCCAACAGAACCACACCCACCCACUAGAACCCCACCCAACAGAACCACACCCACCUUAACACCACCCACACAACAUAACCCUACCUACCCACUAUAACCCCAUCCUUCCUCCUCCUCCACCUCCUUCUCCUCCUCCACCUCCAUGUCCUGUGCUUUGGUUUCCUUUUUCCUUUUUUCUUAUUUUUUUCGGACACCUUCAAGUCUCGACCAUCGAUGUGAACUUAUGGAUAUUACUAUUACGUACGGUUGCACUAAAACAUAUUUUUAUAUGAGUGAAAUUUAAAAAAUGGCUUUUUUGUGUACAGCAGCGAUUCUAUAAUACUAUUUAUUAUUAUUGUUACCAUGUUUCAUAAAUUGUACAUUUUUUCUUAAAUGUCGUGGAUGCCUUUUCUAUGUAAAGCAUGGGUUUUUGCUAUCGCUGACGUUAGGGCAGGAUGUGUCCUCUGUAACAUGGCUUUAUAUGUUCCACCUCUUUCUAUCCUUUGGAGGUUUAAUAUAAUAUAUACCCAUAGAAUCAGAUGUAGUCCAGUAUUUAACCAGCAUAUGCUCCAGUAUGUAGACUCUAUUAGCUCCUAUCUAUCUGCACUCCUGUAGGGGGACGUUCUCAGUAGGUUCUGCUCGUUUGCUUGUACAUUCUCCGCUCUUUGCCUGACACCCCCCCCCCCCCCCCCCCACGUUGUGACCUUUAUUCCUCUUUUUGUUGUUUUUUUUUUUACCUUCUUUUGUGCUAAGACUUCUUCUCUGGUUUUUACGAGACUUGCUCUCAGCAUUAAGCGAACGUUCAUGCCUUUGGGUUUAAUCCCUUUUUUAACCAUAACAAUAAUAAUAAUAAUAACAAUAAAAAUAAUAAUAAUAAUAAAAAAUAAUAAUAAUCAAAGUCGAAGCCUCCGUGGGUGUCAGACAUCGAUGAACAGCCAAAACAUUCCAGUCCAUGUAAAUAUCCAGUCACGCACAUGUAGACGCUCACUUUUCUUUGGCAUCGAUGCAUAUGGAUGCCCCCCCACACACCCCCCCCCACCCCCACCCCACCAUGGACAAAAGGAUGUGAACACAUUGGGAUUCAAAACAAUAAUGACAAAUGUCAUCCAUUACAUUUAUAACA